GGAGACUGAGGCCAUGCAGGUUAAUGACACACCCACAGUCACACCGCUGGAACUCGACAGAGCCAAGGACCCUCAGUGCCACAGCAAGGCUUUGCCAGAAGCUCCCGCACCUGGCCCAGCACCCGGAGGUGUCCCUGAGCAGGUGCCCUGGAGCUGGGACACCUCAGCCUCUCCACCGGCCCCUGCCAGGGGCAAAAGAAGGCAUCAGACCCAUGGGCCACCCAGCCCAGGCAAGCGACCUCAAUCCCAGGAUUCCCCGAAGAGAAGGCAGCCUCCUCACACCUGCCUCCCAGGUACCCCAGGACUGCCGGCAGCACCUACAGCCUUGCGCUCACCCUCAGGUCUGUCUCCAGCCUCCAUCCCAGAGCCCACAAACCCGAUGAGUUCUUCUCCAGCACCAGGAGCUGCCAGCCACCGCCACCCCCCCACAGGCUCAGGCAGGAGAAGAAUGUGGCCUGACCCUCCCUCGGGAGCUCUGGCCAGCAGGCCUUGGCAGGAGAUGGGCGGCUGAGUCAACACAAGGCUGCCAGGGACUCCAGAUGCCCACUGAAGCCGGGUCACAGACACAGAGGAGCUACCCACCCUCACUGCCCCCUGCCCAAGACCCUCCUUCCUCCUGCUGGUCCAGGCACCCUGUGGGCUGGCCCGGAAAUGACCUGUUGUGCAUCCUCAGGUCCCGUCUGCCACCUCUCUGGCUGGUGCCCUCACUCCGGCUAAAGUCCCUCCUACUGUCAAAGUCUCUAUAAAUUAAUAAAGGUUACUCUGCCCAUAAAACUGCAUAAACGUCGCGUCCCCUCUGUAGGCU